ACCAUAAUUGAUACUUAGAAAAGUAGAAAAUACAAGAGGUGCGUGAAAAAAAAAAAGUUCAGAAUUGUUGAUGAUUGAUAUUAAGUAGUUGUUGAAUUGUUGAGGGGAAGGGAUUAUGAAAUCUCAUUUCCAGUGUCAGCCGUAGCAGGCAGUUCUAGUCGCUGAGUCGCGUGAGUGAGUUACGAACGGAGGGUGGCAACAAGAAGAUGAUGAAGCUGCGAAUGGGAACGGGUGUCAUCGUCAUUUCCACAGCGUUGUUAUUUUUAUGCCUCCCAUUUUGUUCGUCUUCAGUUCCCAAUGACCCCUUCUUCGGAAUCGCUCCCCAAGAUGAGAAAUAUUACAAGUCUUCGGAUGUAAUAAGAUGCAAAGAUGGAUCGGGAAAAUUCACCAGAGCACAGCUCAAUGACGAUUUCUGCGACUGCCCCGAUGGCACCGAUGAGCCUGGUACAUCAGCAUGUCCCGGUGGAAAAUUUUACUGUCAUAAUGCAGGGCAUGUCCCUACUUCCCUGUUUUCGUCUAGGGUGAACGAUGGAAUUUGCGAUUGCUGUGAUGGAACUGAUGAAUAUGAUGGCAAAGUAACAUGCUCAAAUACCUGCUGGGAAGCUGGGAAAGUUGCUCGCGAUAAGCUGAAAAAGAAGAUUGCCACAUAUCAAGAUGGUGUCAAGCUCCGGAAGGAUGAAAUUGAAAAAGCAAAAUCAGCUCUAGAUAAGGACAAGGCUGAACUUUUAAAACUGAAAAAAGAAGAAAGCACACUUAAAGAGAUUGUGCAACAGCUAAAAGAGCAUAAAGAAGAAAUAGAGAAGGAAGAAGAGAAGGAGCGCUUACGGAAGGAAAAAGAAGAGAAAGAGAAAAAGGAGGCUGAGGAGAAGGCUAAUGAAGAAAAAUCUGCAGCUACUGGAGAAGAAGCACGGCAUACAAAUGAAGCAGGAAAGCAUUCAGAUGCCAAAGACUAUGCUGCGGGUGAAACGAAGUAUGAGCAAUCAGAUGUAGGUGAUAGUUAUGAUGGAGCCACAGAUAGUCCUAGUAGUGAAGGAUCUCUGCUUAAUGAAGUGGAGGAGAGUGUAAAGGGUGCUGAGGGAGAACAUGCUGCUAAAUCAGAAACUGAUUUGAGGGUUGAAGAGAAAAAGUCUUCUGAGGAAAUAAUCAAUACGGGAAAUGAUGCAUCUGAAAAUACUGAGGGAUUAUCAAAGGAAGAAUUGGGACAGCUUGUUGCUUCUCGUUGGACAGGACAAAAGGGGGGUAAGCAAAGUGGUGAAGCUGAAGAUGCAAAGAAAACUGAAGAACAGGAAGAUCUCACAAGCGAGUCCAAUAACGAGGAGUAUGAAGGCUAUGCUUCUGAAACUGACGAUGACAGCAACAGAUAUGAUGGAGAAGAUGAAACCGAAGACGAUUUUAGAGAGGAAGAGAUGAUUCUAAUGAGCUCAGAUGUGGUGGCAACAGAUAAUCCUUCUUGGUUAACAAAAAUACAGAGAACUGUGCGGAAACUUUUUAAGGCUGUUAAUUUCUUCGAGACUCCAUUGAACCAGACAGAUGCUGCUCGUGUACGAAAAGAAUACGAUGAGUUGAGUUCCAAGUUGUCAAAAUUACAGUCAAGAGUAUCAAGUCUGACACAAAAGUUAAAACAUGAUUUUGGUCCAGAGAGCGAGUUCUAUUCAUUCUAUGACCGAUGCUUUGAGAGUAAACAGAACAAGUACACUUACAAAGUCUGCCCUUAUGAUCAGGCUUCUCAGGAGGAGGGCUAUUCAACUACCCGUUUGGGCCGCUGGGACAAAUUUGAGGACUCCUAUAAAGUAAUGGCAUUUUCCAAUGGUGAUAGAUGCUGGAAUGGUCCUGAUAGAAGCAUGAAGGUUAGGAUGAGAUGCGGGCUGAAAAAUGAGAUUACAGAUGUGGAUGAACCAAGCCGAUGCGAAUAUGUAGCUUUGUUAUCUACCCCAGCUCUUUGUAAAGAGGAAAAGUUGAAGGAAUUACAACACAAGUUAGACUCCCUGAAUUCGCAACAACCCGAAAAACACGACGAAUUAUGAAACAUCAGCAUGGAUUUAACCAGGUAGUAGAAAGAUCUUGAAGCAACUGAACGAAGUGCUGGUGCCCUUAAGUUUUGUAUCCUAUAGCUUAAACACAAAUUUGAUAUUGGUUUUGGGAAUUAGGAAGGGAAUAGGGAAUGAAUUUAACUUGGGUUUGGCAACCCUUGUGGCAGGUCAGGGUUGACAACAUUUUAAUGUGACUAAUCUCAUGGCACACUUUUCUUUGUUGAACUCAGAUUUUUCUACCUGGGUUCUAUGGCCCUUCUUGAAAUUGUCUAUUCAAUUUCGCAAAGGACAGGUUUCUAUAUAUUGUGCCAAAAAUCUAGAGAGAGAGUAAUUCUCAGCUUGAAUUUUUGUCACCAUGAGUGGACAUUGUUAUUGAAUCUCAUAGAUGAGUUAUCUUUAUAACUAUUGACUCAUCGAUCAUCUAUCCUCUUAUAUACUACGACCUUUUCCGAAA